AGCCGAGCGCGGCGCGGACGGAGGUGUGGAUGACAGAGGAGGCGCCGCCCAGCGCGCUCAGUGAGGUCAGCCUGCGCCUGCUCUGCCAUGAUGACAUAGACACCGUGAAGCACCUGUGUAGUGACUGGUUCCCCAUUGACUACCCAGACUCAUGGUAUCAGGACAUCACCUCCAACAAGAAGUUCUUCUCCCUUGCUGCCACCUACCGGGGCACCAUCGUGGGCAUGAUUGUGGCUGAGAUAAAGGGCAGGACCAAGAUACACAAAGAGGAUGGAGACAUUCUAGCCUCCAGCUUCUCUGUCGACACACAAGUCGCGUACAUUCUCAGCCUGGGCGUGGUGAAGGAGUUCCGCAAGCAUGGCAUAGGCUCCCUGCUGCUCGAGAGCCUGAAGGACCACAUCUCGAGCACCGCCCAGGACCACUGCAAGGCCAUCUACCUGCACGUGCUCACCAGCAACAGCACAGCCAUUAGCUUCUAUGAGAACAGGGACUUCCGGCAGCACCACUACCUGCCCUACUACUACUCCAUCCGAGGUGUGCUCAAGGACGGCUUCACCUACGUCCUCUACAUCAAUGGCGGCCACCCGCCCUGGACCAUCUUAGACUACAUCCAGCACCUGGGUUCUGCGCUCGCCAACCUGAGCCCCUGCUCCAUCCCGCACCGGCUCUACCGCCAGGCCCACAGCCUGCUCUGCAGCUUCCUGCCCUGGUCCGGCAUCUCCAGCAAGGGUGGCCUGGAGUAUAGCCGCACCAUGUGAGCCCCACCUCGGCAACCCACCUUGGAGCCUGCCCCCCCCUCCCGGGUCAGUGGACCACCUCCAUGGCCUGGGUGCAGGAGCUUGUGGCCAGCCCGGUGCUGUGCGGGCUCACUCGGGAGCAGAGUGGUGGGGCACUA